AUGGCCUCCAACCUUCACCUGUCGCUUCUGCAGGGGCUUCAGCGUGACGCGGCCGCCAUGACUCCAGGAAACACUACAGAAUGUCUCAGAGUGGUCAUGGAAAUCUUUGGCUACGCUGUGCUCAUUUCGGGCACACCAGGCAACUACCAGUACAGCGGCCCUGUGGUGACCAUCCUGCACAUCAUAGAACGCCACCUUGGCCUGUGGGAAAUCAAUGCUGCGCCCUUGCUUGUCUUUAUUCCUUGCGAUGCGCUGCUGAAAAAGUCUCCGUUGUUGCAGGAAAUGGACUUUGCCGGGACGCUGUUCGUGGUGACGUCGGAAAGACUGGCUUCUCUGGAUUUCAGCGAGCCUCUCUAUAUUGAUGAGUACAAUUCAAUAUAUAUCCGGCCCGGAGUCACCCCCGACAUGGCGAGUUUCAUCAAGCCCUACAACCCCCUGGUGUGGGUGUCGGUGUUUGUCGCCACCCUCUUGGUAUUCACCGCAUGCCAGGCUGUGCUGCGCGGAACCGACUUCCUCAACAAACAGGGCAGAGCCAAACUCUCCGUCACCCAAGCCUCGCGUAGUGCAGAGGACUCUGGUUUGCGGGGACGGAAAGAAGCGCCAGAAGGAAUAGAAAGGACAGACGGGGGAGAGGAACAUCUUAAGGAGGUGGAGACUUCUGCUGUUUGGAUCUGGGGAAUUCUUUUGUCUCAGAGCGUACCUUGGAUGCCCUCCAAAGACCUGGGGCGGAGUGUGGCAGCUCUGUGGCUAUUGAUGGCCUUCACGCUGGGCUCAGUGUAUCGCUCUAAUCUUAAGGCCAUGAUCAUCUAUCCCAGGAUCCACCUCCCCUUCUCCACUCUGGACGAGCUGCAAAGAACCGACAUCUCUGCCGUAAUCUUCAACGGCUCGGAAAUACACAAGCACAUCAAGGAUGCGGACAACAGCUCCAGCCUCGGGGGACUCCGGGACCAGGUGGACCUGUAUUACAACGAUCAGCUGGCCUUUGCGAUACAACAAGUGGUGAAAGGCAACGGUGCUGGCGUCUCCUUCACGAUGGGGAUCCUCUCCGUUAUGGACCAAACAUUUUCCCAGGUUGGCAAGUGCACCUUGUACAAAAUGUCCCGAGGCUUCCUUGGACCUCUGAGUCUCAGUGUGGCCUUCCCCAAGGGCUCCACGCUCAAGAUCAAGUUUGAUGACGUGAUCAUCAGACUGCGUGAGGCUGGCAUCAUACCCAAAUUGUUCAGGGACGGCCAGGUGAACGGCACUAAGUGCGCAACAACCGAGAGUUUGUUCCUAGCCGAGGUUAAAGAACGGCCUCUCCAUCUAAAGGAUUUCUAUGGAGUGUUCCUGGUGUAUGGCGGAGGGCUACUCCUAGCUGCGGGUGUUUUCUUGAGCGAAGUGUUCCGCGGAACACGGCGGCCAAGCAGAGAAAAGCCACCGGCACCGCAGCGCGCCAUCUCCCAAACCCAAUCACGGUUUGCCUCAGCCACAAUCCUGCGGGAACAUUCACGCCUGACAUUCUGAGAGGCGGUGACGGCAAUUAGCACCUUCUAGGAUGGUCUAAUCGUGUCUCGUACGGAUAUAUGUCUUUAAUAAUGAUUAUGAGUUAUCAAUGAUUAUGUUAUCAAUGAAAUACAACAUCCACACUCUUGUUAACUGGUAAGAACUCUGUGACUGUAAUGAACGACUCAUGUCAAGUUUGUACUUGGCGAACACAAU